UUCCCCCUCGCCAUUUUAUUACCUUAUUUUCGGGGGGAAAGGCUAACGAAGUCAGUUGACAGUUAGAUGCACUGAAAAGAGAAAGGGAGUAAGAUUACAAUGGCGUUUCCUGUUGUCGAUACCGAGUACCAUAAGGAGAUCGAGAAAGCUCGUCGCGACCUCCGCGCUCUCAUCGCCUUCAACAACUGCGCUCCUAUCAUGCUUCGCUUAGCGUGGCACGAUGCAGGGACUUACGAUGUCAGCACCAAGACCGGUGGACCAAAUGGCUCCAUAAGGAAUGAAGAAGAGUACACUCAUGGCUCCAAUAACGGCUUGAAAAUCGCUAUUGAUUUCUGUGAGGAAGUGAAGGCUAAACAUCACAAGAUCACAUAUGCAGACCUAUACCAGCUUGCAGGAGUUGUUGCUGUUGAAGUCACUGGAGGUCCCACUAUUGACUUUGUACCAGGAAGAAAGGAUUCAGACAUUUGUCCGAAGGAAGGGCGACUUCCAAAUGCUACAAAAGGUGCUCCUCAUCUGAAGGACAUCUUUUAUCGUAUGGGUCUAUCUGGCAAGGAUAUUGUGGCAUUAUCUGGCGGUCACACCCUGGGAAGGGCUCAUCCAGAGAGAUCAGGUUUUGAUGGCCCUUGGACCAAUGAACCACUGAAGUUUGAUAACUCUUACUUCGUGGAGCUGCUAAAAGGGGAAUCAGAAGGGCUAUUGAAGCUUCCAACAGACAUAGCUUUGAUGGAUGACCCUGAGUUCCGAGAGUAUGUAGAGCUCUACGCAAAGGAUGAGGAUGCAUUCUUUAGAGAUUAUGCAGAAUCACAUAAGAAGCUUUCAGAGCUUGGGUUUGAUCCUAGUUCCUCUCGAUCCAAUUCUGUUGCAAAGGACAGCACCAUAUUGGCACAGAGUACCCUUGGGGUUGCGGUUGCCGCUGCCGUUGUGAUCGUUAGCUAUAUUUAUGAGGUUGGCAAAAGAAUGAAGUGAAGCUAGUUUACUCAAGUCGUUGUAGAACAAAACAUGCAUUAUAAUUAUUCCCUUGUCAAAUGAGCAGAACUUUAGCCCAAUAAUCUGGCUAGCUAUUUAUGUAAAAGAUGAACAUACAAAAGUUGUCCCAUUUGAACAAAAUAACAAACACAUAGACCUGAUCCACUUCGAUCCA